CGCCGCGCAGGGGGAAGGCGGCCGGGGGCGGGCCCGGCGCGCGGCGCCCAGCGCGGAGGGGCGGGCCCGAGGCGGGGCGGGCCGCGGCGGGCGCGGGGAGCGGGCGCCUCUGCAAUCGCCUCCAGCCCGCGGUGCGGAGCGCAGGCGGCGGUACAUGGCCCCGACGGGAGGCGCGCUGUCCGCACCCGGAGCCUGGCUCCCCGCCUGAGCGCGGCGGCCGCCCGGGCCCCGCGCAUCCUCGCCCCUCCGGCCGCGGUCCCGCCGGGAGGACCGCGUAGCCUCCUCCGGGGCUGGGAUCAGCCUGCAAGUCUUCUUCAUGGAAGCGAUGUCCCCCCAGCAGGAGACUCUAGGGGGGCAGCCGGGGCGCUCCUCCUCCCUGACAGGAAUGUCUUGGAUCGCGGGAGGCUCCGGCACCAAGAAGAAAAUGAAAACCUUAGCAGAAAGAAGGAGGAGCGCACCAUCUCUUAUCCUGGAUAAAGCCCUACAGAAACGGCCUAGUACCAAGGAAAGUCCUUCUGCCAACAUGGACACGGGUGCAUUUCUGUCAUCAUCUAUGUGCUCCAAUAGGACUCUGCUAAUUGAUGGCCGAGUAGAACUCAAACGAGGCCUACAAAGGCAGGAGCGACAUCUUUUCCUGUUCAGUGAUCUGUUUGUUGUGGCCAAAAGCAAGUAUAACAACAACUUUAAGAUAAAAAACAAAAUUAAGUUAAGCGACAUGUGGACAGCAAGUUGUGUGGAUGAAGUGGGGGAAGGCAACACCGACGCCAUGAAAUCAUUUGUAGUGGGCUGGCCCACUGUGAACUAUGUGGCCACUUUCAGCUCCCCAGAACUGAAGGACAAAUGGCUCUCUCUCCUUCAGAGAUACAUCACUCUAGAGAAAGAGAAGGACUAUCCGAAGAGCAUUCCCCUCAAAAUCUUCGCCAAGGACAUUGGGAAUUGUGCCUAUUCUAAAACUAUAACAAUAACGAAUUCAGACACAGCGAAUGAAGUUAUCAACAUGUCUCUCUCAAUGCUAGGGAUAACUGGCUCUGACAGAGAUUACCAGUUAUGGGUCAAUUCUGGGAAAGAGGAGGCACCGUAUCCACUUAUUGGGCAUGAGUAUCCCUACGGAAUUAAAAUGAGCCAUCUUCGAGACACUGCCCUCCUGACGCAGGAGCCAAAGGACUCCACCAACCCUUCCAGCCUCCAGGAGCCCUUCCUCAUGGAGCAGCUGCCCCGGGAGCUGCAGUGCCAGUUCACCCUGAAGCCCAGCCGCCUGGCUGCGGCCCUGCAGCUGAACGAUUCGGGUCAGAAGACGUUUAAAAGGAGAAGAUCUAUCAUCAAUUGGGCCUUUUGGCGGGGUUCUGGCACUCACCUGGAUAACUUGCCCAUGUCCCCAACCUCUCCUAUGACAGGGCAGCUCUUUGGAGUGUCUCUGCCAAAUAUCUGUGAGAAUGACAAUCUGCCCAAACCUAUCUUGGAUAUUCUUGUUUUCCUUAAUCAAAACGGACCCCUCACAAAAGGCAUCUUCAGACAGUCCGCCAAUGUGAAAUUGUGCAAAGAGCUGAAGGAGAAGCUGGACGCGGGAGCAGACGUGCCCCUGGAUACUGAAUCCAUUUUCGUGAUAGCGUCUGUUCUGAAGGAUUUUCUACGACAUAUUCCCAGAAGUGUUUUCUCAUCAGAUCUCUAUGACCAAUGGGUCUGUGUAAUGGAUCAAGGAAAUGAUGAAGAGAGAAUAAAUACAAUUCAAAGGCUGUUGGACCAGCUUCCGAGAGCCAAUAUUGUUCUUCUAAGGUACCUUUUUGGGGUACUACACAACAUUGAGCAACACUCCUCAUCCAAUCAGAUGAACGCAUUUAAUUUAGCGGUGUGUAUCGCUCCGAGCAUUCUUUGGUCUUCUACUACCUACAGCCCAGAAUUAGAAGGCGAAUUUACAAAAAAGGUUACUCUGCUUAUUCAAUUUGUGAUUGAAAAUUGCUGUAGAAUAUUUGGAGAAGAAAUCACUUCCCUCUUUGGAGAGGUGUCAGUGAGGUGUGACAUUAGAGAGAAUACCUCAGAUAUCUCUUGCUUACAAAUGACUGACUCCUCCUAUGACAGCUUGGAAAACGAGCUGAAUGAGGAUGUUGACGCUCCAUGCAGUGACCUGGUGACUACCCUCGGCCAGGGGAGCAGAAGCAUGGACUCCGUCCUCACCCUCAGUGACUAUGACCCCGACCAGCCCGAGCUGGAAGGUCUUUUAACCCUGAGCGACUUUGACUUAGACAAUCCUAAACAUGAAGACAUUCAAAUGGAAGGGCCACUCGAAUCCAAGCCGGUGACUGUCCCAGGACUGUAUGGAGAGGCCAGCCUGCAGGACCAUGGCGAGGCCCCGUCUGGCGCCGCCACACCCAGCUACCUGACCACGGCUGCAGCAGAUGCUCCGAAAAGCCCGCGGCGACAGCGGCGCUGCUCCGAGCCCAGCAUCGACUAUCGAGAUGCAAAGCUGUCCUCUUUCCGGGAGUUUUACCAGAAAAAGCUACGCAAGUCCAGCUGUGAUGCAAUUCUCUCACAGAAAGGUGAGGACCAUCUGAAGCAAAACGAACCCCCACAGGUAGAGGGUAAGAUGUAUUUUAAACAGGCUUUAGUCACAGGCACUGAUAUCAAGAAAAAUGCCUCUAAUAAAAGUGCUAAGAAGAAGGGCUUCUUUGGUAUGGAAGGAAGUCAGGUGAAGCGCCCCCCGCCCUCAAAGCCAGUGGCCAUUUCUGUGGCAUCUUGCAGUUACAUGUCCUCACAUGAUUGUCCCAGGAGCCAGCCCUUGGAUGCAGACACACCUGCACACGCCCCGUCACACACAGCAGAUGCCCCCAAGAGUUCCAAGAGGCACCGGCGCUGCUCAGAAACCAGCAUCGACGACCAGCACUCCAAGCUGAGCUAUCUCAGGGGGAUUUUCUCAAGGAAACACAACAAAACCAGCUUUGAAGUACGCCCCUUGUCUGGAGAGGAGGAGUAUCUCCAGCAGCACAAGUCUUUACAAUUGGAGGGCCAAAAGCUCAUUAACCAGAGCUUGGUCAUGGGGAUCGAGGUGGGCAAGAGCGGUGCCACCGACCAGAACCCCGAGAAGCUUUUACCCUCAAAAUUAAGCACCUGCCCCAGGACAAGCUGUUCUAGCUUGUCCUCCCCAGGCACCUCCCCAUCUGGCUCCUCAGUGAGCUCCCAGGAUAGUGCUUUCUCUCAGAUUUCAGAGCAUUCCGUGUUUACACCCAACGAAACGUCCUCCCCAGUAGAUUGCACUUUUCAGGCCCCAAGCCAGCAGGGAGAACCGUCCGACUCCAGCAGCUAUAGACUCGUUUCUGGAGUGCCUGGUCCCGCCUCUGAGCAGGCCAGCAGCCGCCUGGCUUAUAUAAAAAAGGACACCUUAGAGCGGCAUUCACAGAUGCAUUCUGUAACCCUUCAUCCCAGCACAUGGUUAAGAAAUGGUAUGGCCAGCUUGAAAAACUGGUCCCUCAAAAACAAAGCCAGGGCAGCCAGAGCAGAGGAAAAGAAAAUAUCUUCUCUGCCAGGGCCCGCAGAGCCCCCUCCCCAUGCUUCUGGGGCUCCAGAAGCCAACCCACAGCAAGAGACACAGAAAGACAUGCCCCCAAGGGUACCUGCAGGACUUGCAGCUGCGCCUAUAGCCCAGCGGGACAGCUCCAAUCCCAGCCACGUCUCCGAGCCACGCGGUUGCUCUCCAUCCAGCCUAGUGGAAGGCACAGUGGAGCUCUGUCUGAAGUCACAGGAGGAAGAAGAGGGUAGCGGGCCGUGCUCUCCUGGCAUCCCGCCGUGUACAAUAUCCUCGCCCAGCUCUUUGGUUAUAGAUGUUGAGUCCGGCCCAGACUCAGGGCCUGCACCAGUGUGUGAUGUUGAGGACAAACAUUCAACCAAAGACAUUUUAGCAUAAGAAGAACCUGAUGUCUAGAAGAACAGGAAGAACAGAAAGUGGCCUAAUAACAUCAAGACAAUAUUCAUCAUGACCCCUUUGUAUAAAGUACCUGGAAUAGGUGGCAUAAAGAUAAUUAUUGCUAAUACUUAGUACAAUAAAAUAAUUCUCUUUACUAAGACCAUGUGGCAAGAAGUUUUACUACAAUUUUAGAGAUACUAGCAGAGUUAGAGAAAGUGUCUUCUUUUUUUUUCUUUUUAUAAACUUUAUUGAAUUUAUUAGGUAACAUUGGUAAAUAAAAUUAUAUAGGUUUCAGGUGUACAAUUAUGUAAUACAUCAUCUGGAUAUUGUAUUGUGUGUUCACCACCCAAAGUCAAGUCUCCUUCCAUCACCAUUUAUCUCCCUUUGCCCUCUCCUGUCACUCCACACCCCCUUUCCAUCUGGUAAUCACCAUACAGUUGUCUGUGUCUAUGAGGGUUUUUUGUUGUUUGUUUGUUUUUUUGGGGGGGUGGGGGUACUUAAUCCCUUCACCUUUUUCACCCAGCCCACCAACCCCCAUAACCUCUCAGAGCUGUCAGUCUCUAUGCGUCUGUUUCUAUUUUGUUUGUUAGUGAAAUCAUGUGUACUUGUCUGUCUCUGACUGGCUUAUUAUUUAGCAUAAAAAGGAAGCAUGCAUUAUAUCACGUUAGGCUCCUGAGAAGGCCAUGGUAUCAUUAGUGAAGCAUGGAGAUUACGGGGAGUGGGGAAGGGUGCAGACAAACAAUCCACACUCCAUGGAAUGUGUUCAAUAAAUAAGCAAGAAAAAUGCCACUAAUCCAAGUAUUGGGAAGAAAAGCACGCCCAGUAAUGAAGGAAAUCAUGUGAAACAUUUCCCUUCAUCCAAGUCACUGUCCAUUUCUGUGACUUCUAGAGUCACAUGUCCUCGCAGGAUCAUUCCAGAAAGUAGCCCAUGAUGCAGCUAGACUGGGGAAAAGGAGAGUGGCUCAAGAGCCAUGAGUAUCAUGAUGCCAUUGUUUUGUUGGUUGUAUUGCUUGAUUCAUUGUUCCAUUAGCACCGCUUUGCAAAGGCUCCAGUGAACAGCUGGGAAGAGAAAGACGGAAAUGUCGCUCAUCUCAGUGUUCUUUACAAAGGGACCUGUGCUGGGAGCAUGCUCCAGAAACACAGCUUUUCCUGUGAGAAAGUGACCUGAAAGCACUCGUUACCUGAGCGUGGGGGAAACUGCAAAACAGUCUUUUCUCUGUUACAUGAAUGCUGUUGCCAGCAGGAUGAAAGCCGGGCUCCUCUGCCAAGAUGGUUUUCUGCAGCCCCGCCUCUUAGAGUAGUCAGCCAGAAAACAUUGCUGAUAAGUCAUCCUUUUUCUGAUUAUCAUUUGGCCAUAGAGAGAGCAAUUUUGAAUUUGCCAGUAUAUGAAGAGUUGCAGAGUAGAAUACCCACCAAAGUGGCUAUCGGGGCUUCUCAAUCACUGGCUUUGGAUUUCCCUACCUCCAGGAGUUUUUACAUAAUUUUGUCCCAAAUGAUUCAUGGUUCACAGAGAGUGUGUACCCCACCCCAUUGGUUCAUAUCCAUGGACACCUCUCUCUUGCCUUAAAGUGACACUGGUACAUCUCCUGGAUUAACUCCAUUGAUUACUAGGUCUUGCCAGCCGGUCUGGAGGGAUAGAGUCAGGAAAGGAUGUGCAUCGUCCUUCAUUUCAACUUGAUACUUAUAAGAAGCUGCUUAGAACCCACUGGGUCUCUUUAGUCCACCAUCAAAUGGACCUUUCUCCCACAAACUAGCUUAUUUCAAACUAUAUUUCUGAGCCACUAGGAAACUUUUAUGUUGUGUUCUUUUCCUGUUGUCCUAAAUGUUGCAUUUUUUCAGUUAAUGGGGGAAAAAUGUUUUCUGGUGACUCUGGCCAGGUAGUUCCAUUGGUUAGAGUGUCGUCCUGAUAUGCCAAGGUGAUGGGUUCAAUCCCCAGUUGGGGCACAUACAAGAAUUAACCAAUGAGUGCAUAAAUAAGUGGAACAACAAAUCAAUGUUAUUGAUGUUUCUCUAUCUCUCUAUCCCUCCCUCCCUCCUCUUUCUCUCUCUCUCUCUCUCUCUCUCUCUCUCUCUCUCUCUCUCUCUCUUUCCCAUCCUCUCUCUCUAAAAUCACUAAAGUAAAUAAAAAUAAAAUGUAAGAUAUAACAAGUCUUUUCAGUAUUAGCUAUUGGUGCUAACUACCUCUGGGGUACAUGGCCCUGUUUGCCCUUAGCAUUAUAAUUAGCUUUUAUAACUCUGGGUCCAAAAAACUCCUUCAUGACACUGGCCAUCUCCCUCACAGGUGUGAAGUAGAUUCCACUUUGUCCUAUAGCUAGACCUCUAAGUGUCCACAUGCAUUUUUUGCGAUAUAUAAAGGCAACAGGGAUCUCCCUUACCCCGAGGGCAAAACUACUGUUGGAACUGCAAGAUGUGAAUGAAGCUCUUCCAGCUUGGAGUGUCU